CUGAGGUCUGGCCAGAAGGAGCCCAGACUACUGUCACUUAUUCAGCGCAGUGGAAACUUUAUACUUGGUGUGUUGGCCACCCCUGAUGCUGUUGGGUCUCACCCAGUGGCUCAGUUGUCCAUACCCAUUAAUAGUAAUUUUCAGCUUGUACGAGAAGCCGAAGAGGCUCUUCUCAUUGACUUCUCAGCGGAUCCCUGGGUUAAAAUACGCAUCAAAGGGGACAAAGUGCCAGAACUGCUGUUGGAACUCCAGGAGGAUGAUCGGACUCAGACCUUCAUUGCUCAGGUGAAGAGCGUUCAGGACCAAGUUGCAUCCAAACCCAAAACGAUGGAGCCCCUUACACCAGCGGCCCAUAGAGGUCCGGUCCCCAUCCCACCUCAAAGAGCACCCAAGAAAGCUAACACUAUGACAACUGGAGUCAACACACCCAAAUCAACUAAUCUUAUCAACAACACUUCAACAAAUAAGAACUGCACAGCUCCAGGUCAGUCACUUGCUACAGAGUUUGGAUUUGAGGAAAGCUUCAAUCACACUUUGAAAGUUGAAGAGAAGAAGAACCACCAGAAUCGAAUCGUUGCCUCCAGGGAGCCUCCACCUGUUCCUCCUCUACCUCCUCGCACGGCGUCCUUCGCACCAUCAAAUCCUCUUCCUCCUGCACCUGUCUUGAAAGACAGAGCUAUCUCCUUACAGGCUGGAGACAACUCAAUGAUUACUAGCAGCAAACCAGAUAGUUUUAGGUCAGGGUUUGACUAUGGGGACAGGCCACUGUCCUGGACUGACAGUCCCACCACUAACAGCAUGAAACAGGCCAUGCUCUCCAGCCAGGCAGGACAGAGAGAAUACCUCAUUAAACAUCGUCUAGCUAAAAAGGAAAAUGAGUACGUGGACAUUCGGCCCUUCAGGUUUUUCAUAGGUACGUGGAAUGUCAAUGGCCAGUCUCCAGACAGCAGCCUUGAACCAUGGCUCUCCUGUGAUUCUGAACCUCCUGAUAUUUAUGCUCUAGGAUUUCAGGAAUUGGACCUCAGCACUGAGGCCUUUUUUUACAUGGACUCAUCCAAGGAGCAGCUGUGGGUCGAUGCUGUGGAGAGAAACUUGCACUCAAAAGCAAAGUAUAAAAGGAUACGGAUCAUACGAUUAGUUGGGAUGAUGCUCGUGGUUUUUGUAAAGAAGAUACACAAGAAUCACAUAAAAGAAGUGGCUGCGGAACACGUGGGAACGGGUAUCAUGGGGAAAAUGGGGAACAAAGGCGGCGUGGCAGUGAGGUUUGUGUUCCACAACACAAGCUUCUGCAUUGUCAACUCCCAUCUAGCAGCACAUGUUGAGGACUUUGAGCGCCGCAACCAGGAUUACAAAGACAUUUGUGCCCGCAUGACCUUCCAUUUACUGGAACACCCCCCGCUCAGUAUCGUCAAGCACGAUGUAGUAAUGUGGCUCGGGGACUUAAACUAUCGCCUCUUUAUGUACGAUGCUGCUGACGUCAAAAGGCUUAUUGCUGAGAAUGCCUUAAAGAAGCUCCAAGAAGUUGAUCAGCUGAACAUCCAGAGACAGACUAAAAGAGCCUUCACAGACUUCAUGGAAGGAGAGAUUACCUUCAUUCCCACCUACAAGUAUGACCCAAAAACAGAUCGAUGGGACUCGAGUGGGAAAUGCCGUGUCCCAGCCUGGUGUGAUCGAAUCCUCUGGAGGGGCAACAGUGUCAAGCAGCUUAAAUACCGAAGUCACAUGGAGCUGAAAACCAGUGACCACAAGCCUGUUAGCGCCCUCUUCAGUGUAGGGGUGAAAGUUGUAGAUGACCAGCGCCACAAAAAGGUGUUUGAGGACAUUGUUCGGGCAAUGGAUAGGAUGGAGAACGACUUCCUUCCAUCUGUAUCUCUGAGUAGGAGGGAGUUUUCGUUUCAGAAUGUAAAAUUCCGUCAGCUGCAGAAAGAGCGCUUCCAAAUAACUAACGAUGGACAGGUACCCUGCCACUUUGCCUUCAUACCCAAACUGACCGAUUCACAGUACUGCAAGUCAUGGCUGCGUGCCGAGCCAAGUGAUGGAUUCUUAGAGCCAUCUGAGACCCUGGAGAUCUAUCUGGAGGUUUAUGUCAGCAAAGAUUCAGUCACACUGCUAAACUCUGGAGAAGACAUGAUCGAGGACAUUUUGGUGCUUCAUCUCGAUCGUGGCAAAGACUACUUCAUCACCAUCUCUGGAAACUACCUGCCUAGCUGUUUUGGCACCUCACUGGAGAGCCUGUGUCGCAUGAAGAAGCCGAUCAGAGAGAUCCCCAUCACCAAGCUCAUUGACCUGGGAGAGGACACCUACAUGGAAAAGGAGAGGUCUAAGGUGAACUUCCUUAUGAUUGAUGGAGGAAGCACGGAGGACAAACCUCUGAAGAUCCCUAAGGAGGUGUGGAUCCUGGUGAACCACCUCUACACCAAAUCCUGUGAUCAGGAGGACUUGUUCCAGACACCUGGCUUACAGGAAGAACUCCAGAGCAUCAUUGACAGUCUGGACACCAGCAUCCCUGACUCCAUCCCUGGGUGUAACCACUCUGUAGCUGAGGCUCUGCUGAUCUUCCUGGAGGCUUUGCCAGAGCCAGUGGUGUGUUAUGAACUCUACCAGCGGUGCCUCGACAGUUCUCAUGACACCCGCCUCUGCAAGCAGUUGAUCUCCCAGCUGCCCCGGGCUCAUCGUAAUGUGUUUCGCUACUUAAUGGCCUUUCUGAGAGAGCUUCUGAAGCAUGCGAAAAAUAACAAUCUAACAGCUAACCUGAUAGCCACCCUCUUUGCCAGUCUACUCAUCAGACCACCCCCCAACUUGGUGAGCAGACAGACAUCACAUGACCGGCAGAAAGCCAUCAACUUUAUUCUGGGUUUCCUCAUGGCUGGAGACGAGGAGUAA